AUGGUCACUUGCAAAGAGCCUCUUUGUCAUUAUGGCAAAGAAGCUACAGUUGCAGUAAUUGCUGCAUUUUUGCCAACAAAUUAUAAUCCCCUCCCCGUCCUUGUGUCACCAACCUGCAAAAAUGAGAUGGCAGCGGAAGCUGUUUGUCUCAUUCAAACUAUCCUUGACUGUUUGAGCAGUCACCCAGAUGGUGAAAAUUGCUUUGGCCCCAUCUGGUGUUUCUUGACUGAUGGUGACUCAACGAGAAGACAGGCUUGUUAUACACUGUUUAUGUGUAAAGAGCUUACUUCAAACAACGUCAAUGGCCUUUUUGAGGUUCUUUCCCGCCUGCCAGGACUCAACCUUUUCACCGGUAGCCACAAUGUCACUAUUGACAGUGAUCCCAAACAUCUCAUCAAGCGUAAGUUGUCAUUGUCUCAUCUCAGACAGAUACACCCUUCUAACCAUGUUCCAGGACAUGCAACACUGAUUUGUUCACCCCAGGGAAACAUCAUAAACAAUGUCACCAUCAACUGCAAGAUCCUCACGCUGUAA